GGCGGACCUCCACGCAGCUCUCCGUCACCACGUCCAGCUCCUCCAGGGUGUUCGGCUUCUCCGGGUCCCGUAUAGACCGGAUCACAUCUACGGGAUGAGGGGUUCCUUCAUGAACAAACUACUACCUCCAUAGAGUUACAACUAUAUGUACAACAGUAUCUUACCGUAGACCUCUAACUCUUUUUCCUCCAUGUUCAUGGUGUCUAAAGGUCAUUAUUCUUCAUGGUCCCACUGGGUCUGGACGGCGCCAUAGCAGUUUACCAGUAUAACCAGUUAAAGUGAAUUAGAACAUUAUCCAGAGAACAUUAUCGAGAACAUUACUUAGAGAACGUUAUCCAGUUAACAUUAUCUGAUCGCUUCCUCCGGGUCGUUCCGCUCCAGACCAAAGCAGUCGAGGUCAGAAGCUAACUACACGAUAACAACAAUAACGUUGUGAGGGUAUUGUCUAUAACGUGAAACGUAAAAAAAUAUACAACAAGCCCGUUUUGGUCCUGUCCUUGAAUUUCGAAUUAUUUAAUCAACUCUUCAGACACUUUUCGAUUAGCCGGCCUGGAUCAGCUGACCUCCACGUCAUGUGACAUCCACAGCAUCAUGUGAUCAUUCUAUUGACAUGAAGCUCCAUGAUGCUACAGUUGUCAGGAGAUGACCAUAUCUAACCCAGUAGCUCCAGUGUUCCUCCGUGUUCUUAUCCUCUUAUAGCCACCAUGUCGCAGCAGAGCAGCGGCCUGGAGGUGCUGCUGGUCCCGGGACACCCGCUGCUGGGCCGGGUCAGGGCCGGGGACAGGGUGGCCCUUCUGUCCGGCGGCGCCCUGCUGGGCCGCCUGGAGCCCCGGGGCGCGCUGACCGUCGGGGACCUGGCUGACCGCGGAGAGGUCCUUGGGGGCUCCGCCACACUGGAGGGGUCUUACUCAGAUUUUGCCUGGGAGGAGGUUACCCCUGAAGGAGGAGAAGGAGGCGGAGGAGGAGGUGGCCCAUCCAGGCUGCUCGCGGUCACAGGCAGCCAAGACGUGUGUCUGGUGACGGUUGUGACGGGGGCAGCUGAUGGAGUUGGACUGGUGUGUGUGUCUGAGUGCCCCGCCGGCCGCCUGCUGAAGAUGGCAGAGGACAGCGGGUUCAGCGUCUCCAGGCUCCAGAGUGUGAGGCUGCUGAGCUUCCUGGACUCCUGCUCUGUCCUCCUGCUCAACUCCUCCCUGCUUCUCACCCUGCACUGGAGACAGGAGGUGCAGGGUGAGGAGGAGGCCCGGGACCCAGAGGAGAGCCAGGACCUGGAGGAGAGUCAGGAGCUGGAGAAGGAGGAGGAGGAGGUGCAGAUGGUCUCCUCCUGCUCCCUCCUUGUUCAGGGGGAGCAGGAGGAGGUGUCCUCCUCCUGUCUGUCUGCAGGAGUUCUGUUCCUCCUCUGCAGGAGUGGACUGAUCUGUGGUUAUGACAUCACGGCCGGCAGUCUGCUGGCGACUGUCGACCUGCCCUCCUACCUGGGCUCGCUCAGGGAGGAAGAACCCUCCCCCUCCUCCCCCUCCCCCUCCUCCUCCGCCUCUUCCUCCCACUCCUACCCCGCCUCCUUCAGUCAGCUCCGUGUGUCAGCUGACCUGAGCACUGCCGUCGCUCUAAGCCCCACCCACACGGCGGUGGCAGUGGACCUGAACCACUACUUCAGGACCCGCCCAGACCACCUGCUGGGAGUGGAGGCCCCUGGGUGCCUGAUGACCCCUGAGGGAACCUCCAGGGCCCGGGACGCUGGCUCUCUCAACACCGACCGGUCUUGGGGAGCACGUCUGGCCCGGCUGUACAGCACUGCCCAGGGCCCCGCCCCCUCCCAGGGCCCCGCCCCCUGGUUCUCCGGUCUGCCAGAGGUGGCGUCCCGCAUGGCUCUUUCCCAGGCCCGGCUGUCUUUCAGCAGAGUGCCACCGGGGGGUGCCACCGCCCUGUUCUCGGUCCCUGCUUCCUCUAUUGCUUCGUUGCUUUCCGUAUCCCAAUUUUCUGCCCUGGUUACCUUUGUAUCCCCUGACGACGGCCAGUCCAGUGUGGCAUUGUGGGAUUUAGAGUCCCAGGCUGUGAGCUACCACCGGUGUGAGUCAGCGUCUACGGCGGUGAAAUGGAAAGGACCGCAACACACUGCGCUUUUAAUCAAGAGGAGUCCGGGGUCCGGCGGUGGUCUCUCCCAGGUGAUGUUUGAUGUGGACCAGCAGCGAUUGCUCAGCAGGCUGAUGGUGUUCGGGAAGGCAGCGACGGUGGACGCCCUGUGCCACCUGAAUACAUGGGGCCGUUGUUCGAUCCCGAUGCACGCCCUGCAGGCAGGGCUGAAGAACCGACAGCUGGACACGGUGGACCUGUUUCUGAAGAGCAAAGAGGAGAUGCUGUCCCCCAGUGAGCUCCCUCCGGACCCCCGGGGCGCCCUGCUGUCCCGUGUGCAGGAGGUGUGCCCCGCCCUGGACCUGCUGUGCUGCUCCAUCAGAGACGGCCACGCAGAGCUGCAGUCCAGAGCGUUCUCAGAGCAGCUGCUGAGGACAACCCUGACCUUCCUCCAGACCCAGCUGAGGACCGCCUGCUGCAGCACGCACCAGUUGGACGCAGAGCUUCAGAGCUGCGUCUCCAUCCUCAACCGAUACGUCUUCCAGCUGUGGACCCUGAUGAGGUCAUUCCCCUGGGCCUCCAGCCAAUCAGAGCCAGCAGCACCAAACCACCUGACCGCUGACAUCCAAUCAGAACCAGCCGCACCCAACCACCUGACCGCUGACAGCCAAUCAGAAACAGAACAGCACCAGAGAUGGGAGCAUCUCUCCACUGAGGAAGCGGUCCGGCGGGCCGUGCUCUGCGGCCGGCUGCCCUGCCUCCAGGCCUUCCUGCGCUCCCAGAACAGACCAGAGCAGACGCUGCCCGAGCUGCGGAGGGUGGGCCUGCAGCACGCCUUCCGCUGCCUGGCUCAGAGGCAGCUGCCCCACGCCACCACCCUCUUCAGGAACAUGGGUUUCCAUGUCAAUGAGGUGCUCCACAGUGUGUGUCUGUACACCGACCAGAAGGAGCUCCGGGACUUUGUGGUGGAGGAGCUGACCAGAAAGCAGUGUUUCUCCCAUGAGGAGACCCAGAGGGUGCAGUUCUUCAGGGAGGUGGAGAAGCUGGGAGCCACUGCCAGGCUGACACAUCCUCCCCAGAACUCUCUGAGGGUUCUGGAGCUGGCCCAUUCAGACCCGCAGCAGGACCCCACUCUGCUGGGCCUGGACCCGGACCCGGACUGUGUCCCGGGGGGAGCAGGACUGUGGAGCCGCCUCCGGCUGGACUGGAUCAGACACUGGACCCCGAACGCCCUCAGCAGUGUUCGGCUGUCCCGCUUGCAGGAUGAAGCGGUGGUCUCCUGCGACGCCCAGACCCUGUGGUCUCACCUGACCGCCCUCAACAACCAGCAGCGCCUGAGCCGCUGGAUCCAGAGCUCAGAGGACCGCGACGCCCCCUGCUGGCCGGCCAUCACACCGCAGCUGGUCAGGGCACACACGGCCUGCUGCGACCACACCAGGGAGCAGCUGCUCAAUCUCCUGGCCAGGAAGGGGAUCUUUGCAGAGGGGGAGGAGCUUGAUCUGCUGAUGUGUCGUCUGGUCCAGGUGGGGGGAGUGAUGUGUGACACCGCCCCUUCCCCCCGAUACCACCUCCCGAUUGGCCCAGAGCUCCACACCCACUUUAUCACCCACUGUCUGAACAACAACCUGCAGUACCUCCUUUACACCUACCUGCAGCAUCACAGGCUGACCCAGAGGGCCCUCCGGGUCGGGUUCCCGGGCCGGGGGAACCUGGAACAGGACCCCCCCUGGUUCCACAUGAUGCUGAGGGUCCAAGAGGCUGCCCAGGACCUGUCAGACCCAGAGCGGCUGUUCCAGGCCAGUCUGACCAGCGCCCAGGUGCUGGUCCCGGGGGGCCAGGCGUCCCUCAGCAGCCUGCUGCUGGAGGGCCACGGCGUGGUGGCGCUGGCCUCACUCAUGUUCCCGCCGGGGGGCGUGGACGGGGUGGUGGCCCCGGGGCCCGGCCCCCCCGCCCACAGCCUGGACCACCAGCUGCUGAGGAUGGCCUUGGGCCCUUACCCCAAGCUCCGCUCCGCCCUGUUCCCCCCCGGGGGCCCGCAGGCCGGCCUGGGGCCCCCCGACGUCUCCAUCUACCAGCUGCUGCAGUCUCUUCAUCCUCUUCAUCAGUCCCGGCUGUUUGGCUGGCAGACUGCCAACCCACUGCUGUCCACCGGGUCGUCGGAGCCCCCCUACUUCUCCAGCCCUCUGCUGGUGAGCCGCUGGGCGCUGGUGGAGCGGAUGGACUUCCUCUACUUCCUGCGCCACAGCCGGCCCUCCUACGCCUACGCCAGCUUCCUGCUGCACGAACUGGCCGGCUCCGCCGACAUGACACCACCUGUGCAACAGGCCCUGCGUCAGGCCUCCAGGCUGGCCCUGCUCUCCUGCAGCCAGCCCAGCGUGGCAGCAGCCUGCCUGGGCUUCCUCCAGCUUCUGGGGGCCCCAAGCCUGGGGCUCCGCGUGGACCUCCGUGCCCUGCGGCUGCUGCAGGCACACAGGGGCCACAGGGGCCAAGGGCCCCGCCUGGACCUGCUGGGUGAGGCGAAGCCAGGGGCAGCUCAAGAGCUGAUUGGUUACCUGGAGGAAGCUGUGACUGACAGCCUGGAGCAGAGAGGCAUCACAAGGUCUUCCAUGGAGGCUGGCCAGGAGUGGGCGGUUCCAGUCCAGUUCUGUCAGCUUCACUCAUUGGCCCUCAGCUCGGUUUAUCCGGCCCACUGUGCUGCUGACGGGCAGUGGCUCCACUUCCUGCUGUUUGUCCAACUGCACAGUUUCCCCCCCAACCAGGUGAGGACCCUUGCCUCCCAGUUUGGCCCCGCCCUCCAGGGUCACCUGAGUCUGGCGUUCGAGGAGCUCCGCCUCCAGGGCCCUGGCUGGCCGGCUCCGGGGCCCCAGAGGGAGCUGCUGCAGGUGGCCCUCCAGAGCCAGCAGGACCGCAGCCCAUGGAGACGGCUGCUGGGGGAGGCCCUGGAGAGACGCUGCCCCCUGCUGGCCGUCCUGGCCGCCUGCGCCCAGGGGGCGGAGCCUCUGCAGUGCUUGUGUGUCUGGGUGCUGACCAGCGUUGAUGAUGUUACGGCGGCGGAAGCCACAGCCCACCUCCAGGACGCUGCCCAGCACCACGAUUGGACCCUCCAUGACCUGUCAAUCAUCUGGAAGAACACUCUGAGUGGAGGUCGAGUGAAGCCCCUCCUCCUGGGCUUCACACUGUUCCAGAAGGAGAGUCCUCUGGUGCUGCUGUUGGAGAUGUUUGAGCUGUGUGAGUUCAGGAACUACGACGCGGCCAGAGACAAACUCCUGCUCUUCCAACACUCCCUCCUCUCAUUGCGGAGCAGUGGUGCUGAAGGUGGGGUUCCCCAGGAGUGGGUGGAGAGCCAGGCGUCGGUGCUCCUGAUGGUGCUGUUCCAGCGGAGCUCCGACCACUUCCACCUCCAGAGACUGGUGCAGCUCCUCCAUCACUCAGAGCACAGCCUGCAGGCCCACGGAGUGGACCUGGGGGUUCUGGCCCGGCUCAGCGCGGUGCUCCAGGGGAGUCCAGUCCGCCUCCCCCUGGCCCUGCUCUCCCGCUGCUCCCCCCAGGUCCUCCAGGAGGAGUACCAGCGCCUCCUGGAGGAGCUGGUGGCCGCGGGGCUGCUCUCCCGGGCCCAGCGCGUCGCCCAGCUGGCCGGCAUUCCGGCCGAUGCCUUGCUCAUCAACCAGCUGCAGCAGGACGUCCAAUCACAGCGGUCGAAGCGGCGCUGGGGGCGGGAGGAGGUGAGGGUCCUCUUCUGGAGGCGAUGUCACCAGCAGCUUCAGGGCCACGCCCCCGACCCCCAGAUCGCCGCCCACUUCUUCCAGGAGCAGGCCGGCGCCCGGCCGCUCUGUGCCCAGGAGCGGUGCCUCCUGCUGGGCAUGGCGGGGCACUGGCUCUCCCGGGUGGAGCCCACGCCCCUGGAGCGCCUGGAGGCCCUCGAGAAGGAGAGCUGGAUCAGCAGGCUGCAGGAGGAGCGGCAGGAGGAGCAGCAGCAGGAGCAGGAGGAGCAGAAAGAGGAGAAGGAGGAGGAGCAGGAGGAGCAGAAAGAGGAGAAGGAGGAAGAGGACGCGGUGUUGAACCCAGGUGGAGACACCACCUCGUAUGACUCCCUGAUGGAGGAGUUCUCCUUCUCCAGGAUCGCGGCCCUGAACCACGACUCCUACCUGAGUCUGGCUGGGCUCCCGGGGCCCGAUCCCCCUCCCCCUCCCCAAGAGGGGGCGGACCCCCCGAUGGGCCCCGCCCGACGCCGCCUCCUCGGCCGCCUGAUUGGCCAGCUGCUGGACGAGGGGCGUGUCCACGAGGCCUCCCGGGCCUGCCGGUACUUCUCCGUCCACCUGCCCGACGUCUGGCUGGCGCUGCGCUGCCGCGAGCUCGCCACCGGAGGGGCGUCGAACCCGCAACUGCAGGAAGGGACGUCUGAUCCUGGGACCAGCGGGCCAAGCUCUCCUUCUAGCGGUAGUCCCUCGUCCUUCGUGAUGCUGCCCCCCCCCGACGACCUGGUCCUCACCCAGCUUCAGGCGCUUCUUGAUCAGUGUCACCACGGCAACAACUACUGCAGGCAGAUCCUGAGUCUGUACCAACUGUCCAAGGACCUGCGCUGCUCCUUCGAGGAGCUGAGCCAGGAGGAGCCGCAGACGCUGCUGGACAAGCUGCUGCGCUGCGGCCACCCGGAGCGCUACCGCCGCGCCGAGGCCUUCGUCAGGGCCCAGGGCCUCGCCCCCGAGGCCACGGCCCACUUCCUGGCCAACGCAGCGCUGCACGGCCUGCAGGCCGAGCCCCCGGAGCCCCCGCUUGACAGACAGGUUCUGAGGCUGUGUGGAGACUCCAGUCUACUUGGGCGCCACCUGCUGGACAAGAUCCCCACCCUGAGAGUCAGCCAGGUGGCCUGCUCGGUGGAGCUGCUUGUCCUGGCCCACGACUGCUUCAGCCUCAGCUGUGACAUGGAGGGAAUUGUACGGGUGCUCCACGCCGCACGCCACCUCAGCCACGCCCACCUGGCGCCCGGACAGCACUUCAACCUGCUGGUGCGGCUGCUGACCGGGAUCGGUCGCUAUGACGACAUGACCUACGUGUUCGACCUGCUUCAUCAGAACCACCGCUUUGAGAUCCUGCUGAGGAAGAAGCUGGACAUACACACCAGCUCCAGUCUGAAGGCGGCCCUCCUGGACUACAUCAAGCGCUGUCUCCCUGGCGACAGCGAGAAGCACAACAUGGUGGCGCUGCACUUCAGCAUGCGCCGCGAGAUUGGGGAGAACCACGAGAUGGCCGCGCGCACGCAGCUCAAGAUCAUCCACUCUCAGCCCUGGGCCGUGACCCCGGAGCUGAGCAGCUCUCUGACCAAGGUGCUUGGCCUCCUUAAGGACGCCGCCGAGAGCUACCACAAGGACGAGUGCGUGCGCCAGGCCUCCCGGUGUGUGCGUCUGGCCCGGCUGGUGGUCCUCCAACUCCACUUCCUCUCUCAGGGCUCGGACCAGCGGCUGAUCAACCUGCAGCCCGCCGAGACGGGUCCCGCCAUGCUGGCCCUGCCGCGCUGCUACCAGGUGUGUGUCCUGGCAGAGGCGUAUGAGCAGGGCGUGGACUGGGCGGAGCUUGUGUACCAGAAGGUGGUUGUGGGCGGAGACUUCGUGUACCUGGAACAGCUGAAGACCUUCUGCCCGCUGGGCGGGGCCCUGAUGGAGGAGGUCUCUACCAGGAUGUGUGUGAAGGAGGCGGUGGGUGGCAGCAGCAGCCAGAACCUGAAGCGGCUGCUGGCCCAGUGUGAGGACGUGGUGACCCGCUACCGCCUGGCCUACAAACACAAGCUCACCGACCUGGCCCAGAGCCUGCUGACCGACGCCCGCACCAGCAGCUACCUCAGUGACCACCUGGCUGUGUGACUGACUGACUGACUGACUGACUACCACUCCGUCAGACUCACUGACUGAAUGACUGACUGACUGACUGGAUCUUCAGAGCUGACUGUUGCUCUGGGCCUUAUUACCACGUUGGGCAGAUUAACUGAGUUUGGAGUUCUGCAUUCUGAACACAACAGAACCUUUAAUAUUCAUAUUAAAUCAGCAUUUUCUAUAUAACUCAUAUUAUUUUCUAUAUCUCUCUAUUAAAAUAUUCCAAUAUGCCAGUUGAAAGACUAAAAUUGAUUGAUUACUUAUUUGCAGAAAACCAACAAGAGAAAUGAUUCAUUGUUUCCUUUAAUCAGCCCAUACAAUAUUACAACUCUUGUUGUAAUGGUGAUAUCCUCUUCAUGGUGCCAUGGUGGUGGUGUCGUCAUGAUGUUGCCACGGUGUUGAGAUGGCGAUGUCGUCAUGGUUAUGUUGUCAUGGUGUAUCAUCAUGGCGGUGAGAUCAUGGUGGUGUCGUCAUGGUGAUGUUGUCCGGUGCUUGUGUUCUUUGACGUCACCAACGUCAAACUGGACUUUCCUCUCGGCCCUCUGGAGCAACACGAGAGGCCGAUGAUCAGCAUCACCCAACACCAGAUAACAUCAGGGUGGAGGGGGCGGUCCUACCAGUUUGUGGGCGGGGCAUCUGCUGUCACGUCCAAUGUCCUUUUGUCUCCGCUCUGUCCUCUCCCAGUCGUCCAACCAGAGCUGCCGUCUGAACUCUGACUGUCGCAGCGUGAUUCGCUGGAAGAUAGCCUGGUUCUGAGCGCUGAUCUGAGCCAGGUCCGCCCGCCUCUUCUCAGCGUUCAGACUGGAGAGAUCAGACUGAUUAUAAUAAUACAAACCUGCUCUCAGUGUUCACACUGGAAAGAUCAGACUGAUUAUAAUAUUACAAACCUGCUCUCAGCGUUCAGACUGGAGAGAUCAGACUGAUUAUAAUAAUACAAACCUGCUCUCAGCGUUCAGACUGGAGAGAUCAGACUGAUUAUAAUAAUACAAACCUGCUCUCAGCGUUCACACUGGAGAGAUCAGACUGAUGAAUAAUACAAACCUCCACCUAUUACUCUAUAUUCGAUCAAAUAAUAAAGGUCAUUUCUAUCUAUGAUAUAUGUUAAUAAAUGUGAUUUAUUAUGUAUAGCAAGUAUCAUUUAUUUCUAAAUCCAUUUUCUAAUCCAAUUUUAUUGUUACUUUCACUAACCCUGUCACUUUGACCUGUCCACUGUUGCUACGACGACGAAAAAAACCUUGUAGAAUAUUCUGUAUGCAGAGACUCUUUAUUUUGGGAGCUACUGUUUAUAAUGCUGUCCUGUAGAGACUUAUUGUGGAGGCUACUGUUUAUAAUGCUGUCAUGUAGAGCCUCUUAUUGUGGAGGCUGGUCAUUAGCAGUAGUAAGUUCAUUGUUCUGUCAAGGCUUUGAAUUAGGUGUAGUAUUGUCCAAAACAUUCAGUAGUAUAAAGUUGCAUUUAAUGCUAGGAAUGAUCAGAUAUGGUACUGUGUCAGUACUGCUAGGCACUGGGUCAGUGCUCUGACCUCCUGUGGGGGAACAUGGUCAGUGCUCUGACCUCCUGUGGGGAUAGAUGUUCCAGUUGUCCACCUGGCCUCCGGAAUGCAUGAUCCCGGAGAGUUUGGAGGACAGCUGCUUAUUAUCUCGGUUGAUGUCGGCUAGCCGCUCCUCUUGUAGCUACAGCAUCCACACCAUUAGGUUAUGUUAGCAUUAUAGCUAUAGGUUAUUUGUAAAGGGAUAGCAAUAUCCCUUUGUUGUGUUGGUAUUUUAACUAGGAUGUUAGCAUACUGGCUAGAGGGUUAGCGUUAGCUGCUGAUAGAGUUGGCCCAGUAUGACCAGUACGCCUGCUCUAAUGUCCCACUGACCUGCAGCUUCUUCAGUUUGAGGGUCACGUGAGCAGGAGUUCUGAUGCCUUUUGUGUCAACAACUGGCAGAGCUGAGUUCACCUGGUAACAACAGGACAACAGCAACAACAGGUAACAACUGGACAACAACAGGUAACAGGAUAACAACAAAAACAGGUAACAACAGAAGAACAACAGGUAACAACAGGACAACAACAAAAACAGGUAACAACAGAACAGGUAACAACAGGACAACA